ACACACAACAAUCAUAAUCCAAAUCAACACUUGGAACCAUAAAAUUAUAUUCCAAGCUUCUCUUUCAUUCUUGUCACAUUCCACAUAUUCAAGUUAUCUAAGGGAAAACAAAAAAAAGAGAAAGAAUGGCUCAAGCAAUGGCAUCAAUGGCUGGCUUACGUGGUUCCUCUCAAGGUGUGUUGGAAGGAUCAACAAGGUUGAAUGUGGGUACUAGUAGCAAAGUGUUCUCAACUACACGUGGAGGGUUCAUUGUUAGAGCUCAAAAUGUAGCUAAUAAUGGUGAGGCACAAAGUAGCCGAAGGGCAGUGCUUGCUCUUGUUGCUGGUGGUUUGGCCUCUGCCUCUUUUGCUAAGGCUGUUCUUGCUGAAGCCAAAUCCAUCAAAGUUGGUCCUCCUCCUCCACCCUCUGGUGGAUUGCCUGGAACACUGAACUCAGAUGAACCAAGGGACCUUGAGCUGCCACUGAAAGAAAGGUUCUUCCUUCAACCAUUGAGUCCAAGUGAGGCAGCACAAAGGGCAAAGGAAUCAGCAAAGGAAAUUGUUGGAGUUAAGAAGUUCAUAGAUAAGAAGGCUUGGCCAUAUGUUCAGAUGGAUCUGCGUCUCAGGGCUGAGUAUCUUCGCUUUGAUCUCAACACUGUCAUUGCUGCAAAGCCUAAGGAUCAGAAGAAAUCCCUUAAGGAACUCACUGGCAAGCUCUUCCAAGACAUCAGCAAUCUGGAUCAUGCAGCAAAAAUUAAGAGCACCCCAGAAGCAGAGAAGUACUAUUCUGCGACCAUAUCUAGUCUGAAUGAUGUCCUUGCCCAACUUGGUUAAUGUGAUUAAUUUCUUGCUUUCAUGUGUAAGCUUUGUGUAUGAUUUUCUCAGACACUUUGUUUGACUGCUAUUUUAAGAAAAUCAAAUGAGGAAAAAUUUUCUAUGAAUAAGCAGAAAAAUAUCAUCAAUUAAUCAACAUGUGGAUCACUUCCCUCCACCUAUCAAAAACAGAAUGGGAAAAGUAAGAGGUAAUGUAAUUGUAAAAGUUGGAAGUUUAAUUAUUGUUUCCUCAGUACAAAAUAAGAAUAGCUUCUCCCCUUAGAAUUAUCACAAUAUUUGGGUCAUAAGAUCCUAGUCUUAGAGUUUUAUUUGAAGGAGCACAAGGUACUUAUUAGACGAAAUUGAAGAAAAAGGAUGGAAGUAAUAAAAAAAACCAAUUAAUAUUUAGUUU